AUGCACGAAACAAAAAUUGAACAAGUCAAUCAUGAUGAACCAUUAGAAUCACAUGACCAACAAGCAAGUACACCCGAUACUAUAGUGGAAAGACCACCUCAUCCUAGAAGAAGGCAUUCCUUCUACAGUGCCCUGGAAGCACUUGCUGGUCCAGCACUUAUUCUGCCCACAACAACAGACAUUGAUGGCCGCACACUGCAUGAAGAAUUUGACUGGGAUGCCAAAGACGAAGACGAAGACCUAGACAAAAAAGAAGACGAUGACAACGAUAGCAAGAAAAAGAAACGUGGAGCAUUAGAAAAAAGUAGUGUUAUUAUUUGCUUUAAUGAAAACUCUUCUUAUAUUGCCUGGAGUUGUAUUGUUUUGUUUGCAUUGAUCUUUAUUGCUAUUGACAUUGCCAUCUUUGUGGCUUAUAAUAAGCGUGAGCAAAUCACAAUGACUUCUUAUGGUCUUCAGCUCUGGUUUACUUGGAUUGCAUUCAUGUGGUGUAUUGGUUUUAUGUCACAGAUCUUGGUGGAAUUGAUUCCCUGGGCCAUCAAGAAAAGUAUGGGCUAUUUGCGACCUCAAUCGACAGAAGUACUUCGUAUGCGAUUAUCGUAUUAUAUGGCCUUGCGUAUCUAUAUCAAACUGAUUCUCAUCUCCGCCUGGGCAUGGGGGUCAUGGGCAUUCAUUCAGGACCAUGUACAACUGCCAUUGAUCAGUUCUUCUCCCGAUGCGGGAGACCAAUAUGCUUCUAAACCUCAAUAUACGAGUGUGUUUUAUAGUAUAUGGGAAUGUUGUUUCUUUGCCACACUCUUUCUUUUUGUAGAAAAGUUUAUUUUACAAUUAAUAGUGACCUCUUUUCACAAGAAAGCCUACGGUGAUAGAAUUAAAGAAAAUGACAAAGCACUCAGAAUACUUGACCGACUUAAGAAGAUGAAGAGAAAAAAUCCUCAAGAAUUCCUAUUGAAACGUAUUCGUCGUAAGCCCAAGACAAACUCAGGUACAAACACAACAGUCCCGAGUCGAUCGCAUUCCAUGGACGAAAACAUACCUCAACAAGGCAAAUCCAUCAUGACAGGCAACCAACAAUAUAAUGAUGGUAAAUCCAAUGUCAAAUUCCCUUCUCAGAACAUGGACACCUUGAUUGCCAUUCCUCCCCUUGAAGACCGUGUUAACAAGUCAGAUGAUGAGAAACAAGACUUUCAGCAGAUACAAGAACCAGCACCUUCCCAUGAAGAGAACAAACGAAAAAGCUUCUUUAACAAGCUUCCUAAAAUCAAAAGAACUAACACACAUAGUGCUGAAGCUUUUGUAGAUGCGCCUCCUCCCCUUGUCAGGGACAAUACAUGGUUUUCCAGGAACAGUCAAGACGAAAAAGGGUUUUUUAGUGCUACACGUGAUUUUGGUCUGAGUACAACCGCUAUCCCCGUCAAGCUCUUCAAGGGCGGAUACAAUAAAUUCGUUUCACAAAAGAAUUAUGGUAAACAAACGGGCCAGCCUUCUCAACAAGCAAAAUAUCUUGCCAAAAAAAUCUACAGCAAUGUGCUGGGCCCAGACAGUAACCGAGACAAAGUGAUCGAAUCGGAUUUCUAUCCCUUUUUCAGAACGACAAAAGAAGCUGCUUAUGCUUUUAGUCUGUUCGAUGCCGAUGGUAAUGGCGAUAUCACCAAGCGUGAACUUCGAUCUGGCUGUGUUCGAAUCUAUCGUGAACGCAAGAAUCUAACAAGAUCUAUGCGUGAUUUAUCUCAGGCCACCGGCAAAUUGGACAUUAUCUUGAUGAUUGUGUUUGUAGUUAUCUGGGUCAUCAUUGUCUGCGCUGCGUUUGGUGUCAAUGUAGGUACCGAUCUCAUGCCUCUCUGGAGUGCCUUUGUAGCUGCUAGUUUUGUUUUUGGUACUUCUGCUAAAGAUGCUUUUGAAGCUAUUAUCUUUGUGUUUGUUACGCACCCUUUUGAUGCUGGAGACCGAGUCUUGAUUCAAGGUGAAAAUUGGGUAGUUCAAAAUGUCGGUUUGUUAGUCACGACUUUUCUUAAAUGGGAUGGUUCAGUUGUCUAUGCAAAAAAUUCUGUCCUUACAUCUCAAUACAUUAUUAAUGUGAGGAGAUCAGGAAGAACAGGCGAAACAGUUGAGCUUCAAAUAAGCUUCUCGACGCCUUCGUGGAAGAUCCGAAAGAUUACAGAACAUAUGCAAAAAUGGUGCAAUGAAUACCCCAAACUCUAUACUCCCAAUUCAGCCUCUACCAAUGUCACAGGCUUCCAAAACCAAAACAAGAUCACACUCUCAUUUUACUUUGAACAUACACAAAACUGGCAAGAUCCUGGAGGUCGUUGGUUGCGUCACAACAAUUUCAUGUGGGAACUCAAAGAAGAAUGCGAGCGUCUUGAGAUUAAUUAUACGUUACCCCCUCAGCCAUUUGUUGCUGAAUCUAAACCGAAUGAUGCUCCUCCUGAAGCUUAUAAUAUGGGUUCAAAAUCUGGUUAUGGGCUUGAAGGUAUGCAGCAAAGAAGACCCUUUCAAGACAAUGACGAUGAAAUUAAGAAUGUACCUAUUGGUGCAGAAUCAGGGGGUCAUGCUGGUAAUUCAGCCUCUGAUAACUCGGGUGCUGCUGCAGGAGCUGCUUCUACCUUGAUGUUUGCUGCUGAUAUGUAACCAAAUAAACUUUAUUGCUUAUUUAGGACAUGGCAACGAGUCAAAUGAUAUCAUUUGUGCGUUUUGAACCCAAGCUUUAUGUAUAUCUCUCAUUUUGACAUAUACAAUAGAAAAAAAUGUGCUACUCUAUAUGCUAGUUUCUUGUAUGAAAGCUACAGCUUGAUUUGUAUACACUUCGCCAUGUUUUACUUGAAAGGAAGUUUAAAUCGGGGAUUAAAUUCUGUCAUUUAAAUUUGGAUUUUUUUUUGUCCAAAAAACAAGUUUGCGAUCAAUUGACGACACAGAGCGCCUAAAAACGAAACGCUACCAAAAUGAGCUACUAGUAAAAGAAAAUGUCGAGCUAUGUUUU